AUGGCUCUCUUUGGUGAUUUUUCACGACUAAUCUUUCUCCUGACUGUUCUGACACUCUUUUCUUCAGUAGUUAACUGUGAGGAUAUUUUUCUGGAGUGGCAUGUAGCAGUUGACAUGACGAUCAACCCAGCGUCGGUGGAUCAACCGGUUAUUACUGUCAAUGGGAUGUUCCCUGGACCUCUUAUUAAUGUCACAACGAACGAUAAUAUUCAUGUCAAUGUGUUCAACAAUAUGGAUGAGCCAUUGCUCAUGACAUGGAAUGGGAUACAACAAAGGCUUAACUCAUGGCAAGAUGGAGUAUCCGGCACCAACUGCCCGAUCCAACCGGCUAAGAAUUGGACUUAUGUGUUCCAGACCAAGGACCAGAUUGGCAGCUUCUUCUACUUCCCCUCCAUCAACUUCCACAAGGCCGGUGGUGGUUUCGGCCCCAUCCGUGUCAAUAAUCGGGUUGUCAUCCCAGUACCAUUUUCUCAACCCGAAGCCGAUUUCGACCUGCUCAUAGGGGAUUGGUAUAAGCAGAAUUUCAAGGAUGUUAGGUCCAAGUUAAAUACCACCUCUGAGGCCUAUGAUAGUUCGCCCGAUAGUAUGCUUAUGAAUGGCAAAGGCUCAUAUUUGGAUCCACUUGCAAAAGCCCAUGAAUCCUUUACUGUCACACCAGGGAAGACAUAUCGAUUCAGGAUCUCCAACGUUGGCAUAGCAUGGAGUAUCAAUUUUAGGAUCCAAAACCAUCGGAUGGUUCUGGUUGAAACCGAAGGAUCGUACACCAAUCAAAUACCGUUGGAUUCUCUCGAUGUGCAUGUCGGCCAGUCCUACUCUGUUCUCGUCACAGCCGAUCAAAAUGCAGCUGAUUAUUACAUUGUUGCAAGUCCUAAACUGGUGAAUGUCACUGAACAUAGUCCUCUUGUGGCUGUUGGUGUGUUGCACUAUGACAACUCCACCAUACCUCCAAAUGGGCCUUUACCUAUAGGGCCAGAUCCAUUCAACCGCGAAUUCUCGGUCAAUCAAGCUCAAUCCAUCAGGUGGAACUUGACCACUGGUGCAGCCAGGCCUAACCCACAGGGAACAUUCAAUGUAUCAAAUGUGACACUCUCACAAACAUUCAUUCUCCAUGGAUCAACAGCUGAGAUUGAUGGUGCUCCUCGCUAUACUGUGAACAAUGUGUCCUAUCUCACUCCAGAUACCUCAUUGAAGCUGGCUGACAGCUUUGCCAACGGGUCUGGGGUUUACCUACUUGAUGAAUUUUCUGCUAAUUCUUCAAGGCCGAUGUCUGUGAAUGGUACUUUUGUGGUGAGUGGGAAGCACAAGGGAUGGCUUGAAAUUGUGUUCAAGAAUGAUUUGAGUGUCAUGGACUCCUGGCAUUUGGAUGGAUUCGGGUUCUACGUUGUAGGGUUUGGUGAUGGAAACUGGACACCCAACUCCAAUUCUACCUACAACCUUUAUGAUCCAGUAGUCCGCUCCACUGUUCAGGUGUACCCAGGAGGAUGGACUGCAGUUUAUGCAUACCUAGACAACCCAGGAAUGUGGAAUUUGAGGUCACAAAUAUUGAAGCAUUGGUACUUAGGCCAAGAGCUCUAUGUGAGGGUUUAUGAUCCUGAUCCCAACCCCAAUAAAGAGAGGCCACCCCCUGGAAACCUACUGUUUUGUGGAAAGAUCGAUCCUCCUCCUCCACCACCUUCGACGCCGAAGCCAAUUCCUGCACCGGUACCAGUGCCGGUGCCGGAUGCGCCAUUGCCAGCUAGUGCAACAACUCCACAAAUACCAUGGUGA